CUUCCAACCACUCAGUUGGUCACGACGCUUUUCAUCGUUCAGCUGUUUAUUGUUAUUUUCUCAUCAAAUUGUCUUAAACAUCCGAGUUUGUUGCUUUUCUCUUUCAACUCUAUCAGAAGUCCUAUUUCUACUUGAAUUAUACAGCCAUUCAUUAUUCGGUGCUGCCCGUCCUGGUGGAAAAAAGGAAAGCGGCUUCGGGAUCGACCUAAUUGAAAAGUGGAAGGUUGGAAACUAUACGCACUUCUACGUAUAAUACCAGCAACUACACAAACUACGACUGGAAUUCAUUAAACGACAACGACAUCAUCGUCGUUAUUUCUUUCCACCCCCGUCUAAAAGAAAAAGAAAACAAAAAAAAUGGCGGCAACUCAUCUUUUGUUGGCUGUGUUGGCCAUUGUUUUGACGGCGUCAGCUUCUUCGAAUGGCGGUGGUCUUACGACGCCGGAUGCAGUCGCUGGAGUGGUUGGAGCAACGGCGUCAGGGCUCUUCAACAUCCGGCCUCUGAGCAUCUUCACGGGUCACUGUAAUGCAUCCAUUGCCAGAGGAGCAACCAUCUGGAAGCCGAUCCCCGGUGUUGUUGAUAUCUUCUUUCCCAAAGUGAAACCUCCUCGGUGCGCUAAUCCAUCAGCUUGUUCACUCAUCAAUUCGUCGUUGCACGCCAAUGUUAUCCUCCAGCCGGGCGACUCGUUGCGGCUCACCUUCGAUUUGGAUUUCUCCUCUUCGGCCGGUGAACGAGACGAUCCACCCGUCACGAAGAUGUUGCCCACAACCGAUUCACCCCGAGCAGCCACCACUACAGCGACCCCAACAACUGCAUCCACUGCCACGCCCAUUGCUACCGACGAGAUGACCACGCCCGACGCCAUAAGCAGCAAAGAAUCGGUCGUGUUGAAACGUUACCCGAGACAGGCUGUCGCUGGGCCGACAAACGCGGCCGUCGCUGCUCCGACGCAGUUGCCCAUCCAGAAGAGUAAUGUGGUAGCUGAACGGGUCCGUUUGAUGACUCAAGCGGAAAAUAAUCAAGGCAAGAAAAUGUCGGUCAACGGCAGCAGCAGCCCGGCCAUGCCGACAGUCAGCAAUAUCGUGACGCUGUACAAAGUGAACGGUGAAGCGUUCGAAUCGUGCGACAUUGCCAACAGCCAACGCAUCGGACAAGUCAAAAGCCAAGACCCUGAAUCGCACACGGGUGUCAUUACUUUACCACCUGGCCUGUUAUCGAUCGCCGACAACUUUUUCUUAGGGCGAUCCGUGCGCUGGGGUGGCGAGUGUCUAAAGAUGAAAGUUUCCGUCAAAACGGCAAACUGUGGAGAUCGGGAUCAGUGUACCAACAACGGCGUCUGUCACGCCACAUCAUCCACGGCUUCGUUCCAGUGCUCCUGUUGCGAAUCGGCCAACGUCAACGAAUUUUGCGGGCCAUCGAAUUUGUGCGCGUACAAUCCGUGCCAGAACGAAGGCGUUUGCAUCCGCGUCCAGCAGAAUAAAGAUGACCUUUUCCGCUGUCUCUGCUUACCUGGCUACGAAGGCAAGUUUUGCGAAGAGCAAUUCAAUGCCUGCGAUUCGAUGGUUUGCCAUAAUGGGGGCUCCUGCUUGAUCGCUCACGACGGCCGUGCUCAUUGCUCGUGCCCGUCUGGCUUUGUUGGUCUCCACUGCGAGGAAGAAUUGACCGGAUGCGAUUCGUCCCCCUGCGUUCACGGCAUUUGCGUCGACCAGACGCACGGAUACCGAUGUUUCUGCCAACCAGGAUUUGGUGGACCCGAAUGCAACUUCGAGUAUAACGAAUGCGAAUCCAAUCCGUGUGGCAACGGUGGUACGUGCCUGGACCGAGUGGGCGAAUUCCAGUGCAUUUGCCCGUCUGGUUACGCUGGAUCACGUUGUGAAACUCAGGUGAAUUUGUGCGAACCGAAUCCUUGCGGACUCAAUCAAAAAUGCAUCGAUCACGGAACCAAUAUCAGCUGCGAAUGUAUUCCAGGCCUGGAUCUAGCCCUUUGCGCCGAGAUGAACUCGGCAUGUCAUCCGAACCCUUGCCUGCGUGGCGGGACCUGCUGGGUCAGCAGCGGGAGUUUCUUCUGCGCUUGCAAGCCUGGACUAACUGGCGAUCGAUGUCAAGAUCUGGUGACGAUCGGUAACAAAGCCGAACAUCACGAAGUGAUCCGUGGCUCAGUCGGCCAUUACGGCCUCAGCAGCAGCGAACUGGAACUGAAGACGCCGUUGCCCCUCCAUUUGGAUCACACGCAUAGUGUCUACGUGGCUGUUGGCACGCUCAUCUCGGCCGUCGUUGUCGUCGUUAUCGCGGUUAUGGCUUGCUACUGUCGGACGCACGAACCUUCCAAAUGGUCGCCAGCAGCACGGCUGCCUUUCCUCUGCCGAGAUUAUCGCAAUUCAUCGUCGCCCGUUAAAGAGGAUCAAGGGAUGGACGUGCCGUUGGCCGUUGCCAUGGAGACGGAAACCUUCCAGCAACGCAAAUUUGAAAGCCUCCAUCCCACUCAGUGCCAAGUGUAUUGGAGCGACGCUCGCCGCGACGCUGCCGUCCUCGACUGAAAAGACCGAAAAGAUGGCGGGGAAAAAUAAAUAAUUGAAAAAGACCUACGUAUAUAAAUAAUUUACAAUAAUAAUAAUAAAAGAAAAAAAAAUGAUGGCACGACUGGAGCGAUGAAAAAAAAAAUGAAUAGAGAAGACCAACAUCUUCCAACAUUUUUUUUUUUCUUUUAAGGUCGUAAUUUGAUUUGACUCGGUUCACUCGACUUAAUAUUUACACAGCACACUUCGACGUCGAAAUAGCCUCUGACAUUUUAGUUGUAUGUUUUCUUUUUUCCUUGUUUAGUUCGGGGAAAUAUUUAUAUCCCUCAAUUCCCUUGAAUUUUUUGUCGUGUUCAACCAACCACUUUUGCCUCCCAGCGACCCUGCGGAUGCGUUAGGAAGAAAAGCAGGGAGGGACUUUGAUCUCCGUUCACGGUUUUUUUUUCUUUUUCUUUCAUGACUUGCCUAUCUCUUUUCCCAUUCUUGCCUAUUUUGUAUUCAUUACCCUGUGUGACUUUGGGUUUUCCAUGUCUAUUUCUUUUUUUUUUUUUUCUUUCUCCUCGUUUAUGCGUGUUCAUGAAUUAUUCCACAUGUAGAUCCAUGUUCCGUCCUCUCCAUUAUAUACUCCGGUGUGUCUUGUCUAUUCUUUUCCCUCUCUGCUUGUUGCUAAAAAAGAAAUGUCUGAGCUAACUUAUUCUGUUGCCGAAUGAUUGUCUACGAGCUGACGACGAGCACAAAAAGUGGACAAAGACAUUUUCUUGAUUGCCGGAAUUCAGUUAGUCCUCUUGUCUUUUUUGGUUUCGUUAUGUUUUCUCCAUAUGUAAAUGAAUCAGCCGUUUUGUUUUUACCUUUACGUCGCAAUUUGUUGUUUCUGAUUUAUUCGAUCUGUUCUCCCUCUACUUCCGAAAUUGGUUGUUCCUUUUUACUGUCCGGAUUUUUCUUGAUUCUUAAAUAAUUCCAUUUAUUCAUCGUACAUCUCUCUCAUGCUCACAACAUACUCACAGAUAUUUGUAUUUCUCUUUGUGAUGAUGAUCCCCUCGUGACGGAAUACUUUGAAUCCCAUCACACAAACAUUCUGAUUCAACAAUUUGAGCCCUUCCAUUUUAAAUCAUCUUUUUGACUUCCUGUUCGAUGCCAAAGUAACGACAGCCCUCCAAUGAAAUUCCCCGCAAACAUAAUUUUUAUCCAGUCAUUUCAGAUUUCAGGCUUGUCGGGACAAUUGAAUGUCUUUUUAACGCUCCAUUUUAUUUGCUCGAGAUUUUGUCCUCCCCCUUUAGUUUGAAACAUUAUAAAGAACAACGUCCGCAAAACAUUGGCGUCUUUCGAUUUUUGGUUUUCAUUUUGAUGGGGACGUUGUUUCUCUUUUUGGAGCAGUACAAAAAAAUGCGCGCGUGAAAUACAAACUUGAUUGGCUUGUCA